CAUGGGUUUACCAAUUUGAUUGUCAAUAUCCAUUUGCUCCAAGAUUGUUGAUUUCAAUAUGCAAUUAAUAUGACCUGUAAACUACCACAAAUACCUAUUAAAAGACUUUGAUGUUAUAACACAAGUUCUAUUCCCCAACCUUAUUCAUCCACCUGCCAUCAAAUUGAAGCAAAGAAAGUGUGGAUUUUGGUUGAUUGCCUCUACUAAACCACCAUAUACAAAAAUUGCCAUCAUUAAUUCCAUCCAUCAUCUCCAUCACAUAAAUCCUUGUUGAUCCGUCUCUUUGAUUAAAAACAUAGUACAAGGGCAAGAAGGAGAAGAAGAGUAUCCAUGUUCUUGUCCUAUUUUUUUACCCGCAAUUCCGAUUAGAGUAGAUGGGGGCUAGAGGGCGGCUAUUUCAAGAAGAAAAUCGAAAAAAGAACACCAAUUUAUGAAAAUGAUUACCAAGAACAGAAGGCGGAGACGAUGGUGUGCAGGAGUCGAUUUUCUCCCCUGCUCAAUCGACGGUGGCCGGCUGUGGGCGGUGGGAACUGGUGCUUCUGAGACGUCGGAGAUGCAGGAAGAAGAGAGGGAGGGGUGUAGACUGGUGUUCGUUGGAUGCAAAAAGAGAACCGGGGAAGGAACUGGGUUAGGGCAAAAAGGGAAGGCAUCUUUUUUUUCUUUUUCAGAUGUGACGAGAAGUCUGACCGAAUAAGUGAUAUUUUUCAGAUUAAGAUGCUAAAAUAAUAUGUAAACAAACACUCUUAAUCAUAAAGAUUCAGACUUGCCUCUUAUUAAGUGGCAAUAAGAGGUUAACAAACAGGACCUUAAGAUAAGUAUCAACAGGGCACCAAUUUAUUGAAUGGAUUGCUUCUAUCUGCAGUCAAUUAUUAUAAUUUCUCUGUUAUUUACAAACAUUGAAAACAUGUGUGUUUAUUAUUAUUAUUAUUAUAAAAUACUAAAUUUAUGUUGUAUUUACAAUUUAGAAACACGCAACUGGGAUAUGAAAAGCUUGAUGACAUUAUUGGACACACAGAGCUAUUAAGACCUCCAAAUAUCUUUUUAGUCAAAACUCAACAUCUUGAUCUUAGCUAUAUGCUUUCUAAUGUUGGCUUCCCAAAAUGGAGCAACACCACCAUCAGAAAGCAGGAGGCUCAUAGUAACGACCCUGUUCUUGAUGACAUUUUGCUUUCUGAUGUUGAGGUUAGAAUCCCACCUGUUGCGUUAAAAAAUAAUCACAUGAAGUCAAUUGAUGCAACUCAGCAAGAGGAGCUGAUGGUUGAAGGGGGAAAAUAA